AUGGCGCCCGUGCUCAACUGCCACCCAGGCUCACUCAACGUCUUUGCACUCAAACUCAAGCCAACCGACACCGUCUCGUCCCUCAAGGCGCGCAUAGCGAGGAAACUCGCUGUGCCGGACGAGGGGAGCGAGAUCAGCAUCAAGUACCUCUGGUGCGACGUCUUCUACACCCUCGACGACGACGACGACUUCGAAGUGUUCCUCUCGCGCCACUCCCACUCGCCCGAAGUGACCCUCCUCCUCUCGUCCCCUCACAUCCCAACCAAGAACCCCUCGAUCGCGUCCCUCUCGUCCCUCCCUUCGUCCUCCUCUCCCGCCAAAGCCGACUCGUCAAGCCUGUAUUCAGAAGGCGGUCGAAGCGCGAUGUUGUAUGGCCGCCAAGACACGAGAGAGUUGAGGAACGGAACGAGCAUGCACCUCGUCGUCUCGUCCUCCUCCAACGCUCCCGAGUCGGUCAAGUCUGGACGGAGCGGGGGGAGCACGAUCGGACCCAAGAGCACGAAGAAGGGCGCCUCGGGAACGAAGUCGCUUGCCCCGAGUGUCCCGGAACACAAAAUCAAGUUCGAAGAGUUCCACAAUCAGCUUGGAGUCCGCACCUUCAUAGGCUCGAUCGGACCCGUCGAGAACGUACGGAUGAUGAUGAAAUCCGGCCACCGACACUGCUACAUGUCACGCACCUUCGCGCUCCAACACUCGUUCAUCCCCGCGGACGCCGCACCGGGGUUCUAUGGGUUUGGGGGGAUCACGGAUUUGGGGGUUUGGCCUAUCAAGGUCGGGACAAAGACGGUCGAACAACGUGUGAUGCUCGUCGAGAACUCGUAUUUCCCCGUCAUCCUCGGCCGGUCAUUCAUGGAACGCCGCGGCGUCCGUACCGACCCACUCGACCCGACGCGCGUAGUCUUCAUGGACACGAACGAGGUGGUGCCGACCGACCUUGUGGUUGUGAAGGAUAGGGAUGGGAGUGUGGUGCCUAUUAGUUGA